AUCCUCGUGUCUAACAGAAUCAACGCAUACAACAAACAACGUUUAACCCUAGAAACAAGGAAAAUCGCGUUAGUUCAAAUAAUUCACCAGUGUUUUCUAAUUUACAGUAUAGAAGUCCUUUUUUUUUGAAACAUAGAUAAUAAUGGUCAAGGAAACCAAAUUCUACGAUGCUUUGGGUGUUUCUCCAUCCGCAAGCGAUUCUGAAUUGAAAAAAGCAUACAGAAAGUCCGCUUUGAAAUACCAUCCAGAUAAGAACCCUUCCCCUGAAGCCGCUGAAAAGUUUAAGGAGAUCAGUCACGCUUACGAAAUCUUGUCUGAUGAACAAAAGAGAGAAGUCUACGAUAACUACGGUGAAGAAGGAUUGUCCGGAGGUGCCGGUGGUCCAGGUAUGAAUGCUGAAGACAUAUUCAGUCAGUUCUUUGGUGGAGGUUUCGGUGGUGCCUUUGGUGGUGGUCCACAACGUCCUAGCAGAGGUAAAGAUAUUAGACACUCUAUUUCUUGUACUUUGGAAGAGUUAUAUAAGGGUAAGACCACCAAGUUGGCUCUCAACAAGACCGUAUUGUGUAAGAACUGUAACGGGUUAGGUGGUGCCGAAGGUAAGGUGCACAAGUGUACUGACUGUCAUGGUAGUGGUAUGAAGUUUGUUACUAGACAAAUGGGUCCUAUGAUUCAAAGAUUCCAAACCGUUUGUGACAAGUGUCAAGGUACCGGUGAUAUCUGUAAUCCAAAGGAUAGAUGUACCGUAUGUAAGGGUAAGAAGACACAAUCUGAACGUAAGAUUUUACAAGUUCACAUUGACCCAGGUAUGAAGGAUGGUCAACGUGUCGUUUUCAGCGGUGAAGGUGAUCAAGAACCAGGUAUUACCCCAGGUGAUGUUAUCUUUGUCGUUGACGAAAAGCCUCAUGAAAAGUUCACCAGAAAGGGUAAUGAUUUAUUCUACGAAGCUGAAAUUGACUUGUUGACUGCUUUGGCUGGUGGUGAAGUUGCAUUCAAGCAUAUUUCUGGUGAUUGGAUCAAGGUUCACAGCUAUCCAGGUGAAGUCAUCUCCACCGGUGAAGUUAAAGUUGUUGAAGGUCAAGGUAUGCCAAUUUAUAGACAAGGUGGUAGAGGUAACUUGUUUGUUAAGUUCACAGUUAAAUUCCCAGAAAAUGGGUUUGCUUCUGAAGACAAAUUGAAGGAAUUGGAAUCUAUUUUACCUGCCAGAGCCAAGGUUACUAUUCCUAAGGGUGCUGAAGUUGACGAAUGUGACAUGGUUAGCUUCAACCCAGCCCAACAUCAACAAACAAGGAGGGAUGCUUACGAUUCUGAAGAUGAAGAAGGAGGUCAACCUGGUGUUCAAUGUGCAUCUCAAUAGGCGUGUUUCUUUUAUGUAUACAUAAUAAAUUAGGGGUUCGUUUUAAUAUAUAGCUGUUUAAAGGCAUCCCAUGUAAUCAUUCUACAAAGUUACGUCAAUAUAUUAUUCUAUUUCUAUUAAUACAGCUUCUAUAAAAAUUUAUAUGCAAAACAUGAAUCAUUCAACUGGACUUCUCAUCCAUUGAGUUUAAAUUAACCUUGGCCUCUCUCUUCUUCUUGGCCCGUUGUGAAAGAUAUGAAAGAAUCAAAAACGAAAUGAUACAGAAUCCCGACAUCAACGUAUAGGUUCCACCAGUGCCCAUGGCGUCAAUCAUAGCCAGAAGUGCACCUACACCAGCUGCUCCCAACAAGCAUCUCAUCAAGUUCAAACAGGAAGUAGCGGCACUUCCUUGGUUAGGAAACAAGUCCACCAACAACGUAUUCAUACAACCCAUGAAACUCACAGCUGCGAGCGAGAUCAUAAACGACGAGAUCAAAAUUGGUGCAAUAUUUGUGUGUUUUUCAAUACACCAGCCAAACACAAUGAGAAAUACCACAAUGAUAACCGAGGUGAAUAUUGCUGUUUGAAAUCUGGCGCCAAACAAGUCAAAUGGUGGCUGUUGUUCCUUGGGUAAAUGACCAUAAGUGCUGUCGUAAGCGGUUUUUCGACGACGGUAGGUAUAAUCAAGAAGUCUUCCGGUCCCAACUGACCCUACAAGAGUUCCCAUACCAGGAGCCAAGUAACAUAAUCCAACAUGAACCACACUAAACCCAUAGUCAACUUGCAUACUGGUGGAAAGGGUAGUCAAAUUCAUAGUCCAGGCGGUAAACUGAAACCCACCAGCCAAAAGCGUGAAAAACACUGCAGGUUUAAAGAAUAUCUUGUAUGGUGCAAAAAUGUUGGCAGAUGUACGUGGCGACAAUGUUGACACAUCAUUGGUCAAGCGGUGACUACAACACGGGAAAUGAACCACUGGGCUCUGGUUAUAAAUGUACUUUGGUGGCACUGACAUGUUUCCCACGAU